AUGAUUAUUUCAAACACAGCGCGCGCGGGACUUACAAUAUGCACAGUGACAACAUUUGGAAUGAUAGCAAUACCAGGGCAAAGCACGGAAGCAACUGUGACGGCGCACGAGGUACCCACUGCGUCGGCUCCGCGGGGAAAUGAUCCAAUGGAUCGGCUGGAGGCAGGUUUAAGAAGAAAGGUCAAUCGUCCGCACGUCGAAGCCGGCCCAGGCUUCUUCAAAUCAGAUCCCGUGGAGUAUUCGCCGGACCAACUCGCGAAAGAAUACAAAAAGCUGUUUGCGCUAAAACUCCAAAUCGAGAAAGAGAAUAAGCGAAGAACUUAG